CAGAAAGCCCGCAGCACGCCACGGGACGUACUAAUAAAUGACACAUUAUCUUGGUUCUCCCUCUUUUGACUUUUUUCUUUACUCCUGCGCAACCCGAUCAAUCACGUACUCUAACACGGAUCCGGCAACGCAGACGAGGCUAUGGGAAACAACCCGAACCAGACGCCCCUGCUCUUCAACGACGUGUAUUUUAGUCGUUGGGAGCAGCAGAUAUUUCCGUCCCCGUCCGUAUGGGCGCCGUUUCCCCGCCUCCCAGCCGAACUGCGUCUGCGCAUCUGGCUGCUUCCUCUCCAGCAGCACCGCAUGAUUGAGGUCGAUCUCCACCCUAAUACCACCGGCGACAACGAUACUCCCCAGUACGCCGACCGUAACCAUCUCGGUCGGAUUGUCAGCGGCCGGAGCCGGAGCUACACCUCCCGUCUCCGGGGCCGCGGAUCCUAUGCGCCGUCCCUCACCCCACUCCUCCGCGUCAGUCGCGAGGCGAGGGCAGCCGCGCUCAGCUUCUACCACAUACAUCUGCCCUUAGGUACAGGGCAAGUGCUAUACCUCAGCUCGGAGUACGACGUCGUCUACGUCCGACCCCGGCGGCCUAAACCUAUUAGGCGGCCGCCGGAGUACGACCCCCAACCCGAAUUCGGUGCCAUCCUCGUCGACUUUUUACACGACGCCCGAGCCUACGAUUACAAGGACCAAGGAGUUAGACACCUCGCACUAGACGGAGAGAUUCGCCACUACCUGCUCGGCUGGUUCGAGGAGCGCGUGAAUUUGACCCCGGAAAUGCUCCACCCGGCCGCAGCGACGUCGUUUGCCGAUAUCCUCCGCCAUAAGCUCCGUUCCCUGCUCUGCCUCGUCAAUUUCCGGGGUUUUACGAGGGGCAUGGGCGCCCCCCCACUCGGGGGCGGGUGGCGCUCCCACUUCGCCCAAACGUUCCCCCUCCGUCGACGAGGCCAUGUGACAGGGGCCUUCCACUGGCUCCAAGCCGACCCGCGACCUGGCGUUGAGCUCGACCUCCGCCAGGUCCCUAUCAUGGAUGAUCCCCAUCUGAUGUUGCGAAACUGGCGGCGACUAGAACACCUUUUCGGAGUGACGAGAAAUCAGCAAGCCAGCCGAGAAAACGAUGACGACUGCGGAUUCUGCCUUUAUGUCUGCGCCACCCAGGAAUGGUCAACUCCAGACAUGCGGCGGAUGGAUUGGGCCGGGACGUGGAAUGUACGGGAGAUGAAAGCAGAGGCGGAGGCAGUGUGGUCGCGGGACGAGCUGGCGCAGUACCUCCAAUACGAGGCCGAGGAUUGGGACGAGAAGCGCUGGUACCCCGCCCACGUCUUCGGGAGCACCGUCCAAUAUCCAAAGUAUAGCUCCGACUCUCGAGAGGAGGCGGAAAUAUUUGAGGCGAUGGAGAAGCUGCCCUGCACGGCCAUCGGCAUGUGGCUUUUCCCUGCCGAAGCUUUCCCGCCGCCCACCAUUCCCCAGCUGCUCUCUUUCAACCUUUCGGCCGUCCGCCCCAGUCUACUUCUAUUUCAGGUUUAACAGCAGCUAGAAUCUCGCCGAGUCAUUUAGGCAGGUUCGUUGCACGGGCAGCAGCCGAGCAUCGUAGAGGCCUGCUCGGGGCUUAGCUAGGCUUAGCCUUGUAGGUAACAGUUAGCCAAAGGUAUAACGUGUAACGGUCCACGCGUUGGCUUAAUUUACUGCACAAGGCAUAGGAGGAAUGACCGGAUUGCUUCGAAUAGGGAGGGGAAAGGAGAAAGCUAAAUGACAGGAGGAGCGAGGACGGCUUUUGACAUACAGUGGUGCGCAGAGAAUCGUCUGAAUUGAAUGGAUUGAAUUAAGCUAAAGAGAAGAAAGUAGCUGGUAGGUUGGAGUAAUAGUUGUGAUUGCUAACCGGAGAACUCUCGAACGGGAUCUCGUCCGGCAAAACAUCAGGCGAGCGUUAGGCCGAGGCAGCUACGUCAGCAACCGCAGUCGUGCAACACGUC